AUGGACAUCGCGAGGGAGAUACUCGACCGCCUCCCCCUCAAAUCCCUAGCCAGAUUCAAGUGCGUGUCCAAGCUCUGGUCCUCCUCGAUCAGUCUCGUCAUCUCCCAGCGCUUGCGCGAGGAAUGGCAUCGGAAGCUGAGCAGAUUCAGGGAGAUCCGACGAAGCCUCCCGUUCAACGAGUUGAAGCAGCUUCGCCUGGAGGCCAAGCUUGACGAGAUGGUGAGCGUCCUGCGUUUCGACGACGACGACGUCAGCCGGUGCAUAAAUUGCUCGCCUGGGCUUCGCGAUUCUGUAACCGGGCUGCGCGAUGAGUUGGCUGGUUGCAAUGAUAAGUUGUUGACUGAUAUCGAUGCUCUGAUUGAGGAUUGGGAUAACUCAGAAAAGCAAUUUAUUACUGUAGCUUCUUCCCAAGCGUCACUUCUCCUGGAUGUUUCAAUAUAUGGCAUGGAUAAUGUGUUAUCCUCCACUAUGAGUCCUAGCAGUGAAGAAGAGAGGAUGGAGAUGUCUCGAGUACCGUAUGCAUCAGCAGUGAGAAGUUUAAUGUUUGCUAUGAUUUGUACAAGACCAUAUAUUGCACAAGCAGUGAGAGUGGUUAGUCGAUACAUGGCGAAUCCUGGUAAAGAGCAUUGGAAUGCUGUAAAAGGGAGAUCAGAUUUUAUUAUCAAUGAAUAUGUUGAUUCUGAUUAUACAGGUGAUCCUGAUAAUAGCAAAUCCAUCAUAGCCUAUGUGUUUGCACUUGCUGGAGGAGCUGUAAGUUGGAUUUUAAAACUGCAGUCAGUUGUGACUACUUCAACAACAAAAACAGAAUAUGUAGCAGCUACACAAGCUAGUAAAGAAGCAAUAUGGUUGAACAUGAUGUUGAAGGAACUCGGGCAUGAACAAAAUAAGAUUUCUCUAUUCUGUGAUAGUUAG